CCUUUUACAAUAGUGACAUGAGUCAUAGUAGUGAUCAUAUCAAUACCAUAGACGAUACUCAUAUAGAAAAGAAACCUAAAUUAAAUUCAAGUAUCACCACUAUGUCAGCUGAAGAAGAACAACCUAAGACUUCAACUCCUGAUUUAUUCGCUACCAUUGGUGAUCAAGCUCAAGAUGUUGAUGAUGAAGGACAUGGUGAAAGUCAUGAUCCAAAUGAAGUCAAACAGACCGGAGCUUACGAUGCUGAAGGCCACCCUGUUCAAGAGAUUGAAUCUCUUUGUAUGAAUUGUCAUGAAAAUGGUACUACUCGUUUAUUAUUAACUAAAAUUCCAUAUUUUAGAGAAAUCAUUAUAAUGUCCUUUGAAUGCCCUCAUUGUGGAUUGAAAAACAGUGAAAUUCAAGCUGCUGCUCAAAUUGCUGAAAAAGGAGCUAGAUAUGUUUUAAAAAUUGAAAAUAAAGAAGAUUUUAAUCGUCAAGUUGUUAAAUCUGAAACUGCCAUGGUUAGAUUUGCUGAAUUAGAUAUUGAAAUUCCACCACAAAGAGGUCAAUUAACUAAUGUAGAAGGGAUUUUAGAAGAUAUGAUUGAAGAUUUAGAAUCAGAUCAAGAUCUGAGAAAAACUAUGCAACCGGAAAUUUAUCAAAAAAUUAAUGAUAUUAUCAUUAGAAUAAGAUCAUUUAUUGAAUGUCAACCAAACACUAUACCAUUAACUUUCACUAUUGAUGAUCCUGCUGGAAAUUCUUGGAUAGAAUAUAAACCAGGUGAACCUCAACAUAAGUGGGCAACAUACGAAUACACAAGAACAGCAGAACAGAAUGUCUUUCUUGGUUUGAUAUCGGCUGAUGAUGCAUUUAAACUUCAACAAGAUGAAGCUGAAGCUAAGAAACAAGCUACUUCUCAUAAUGUGUCAUCAUCAUUGGCUAAUACUCAAAAAGAUGAAUUAUCAUCAACUGAUCAUAAUCCAAUUUCAACUGGUUUCAUUUCUGAUUUAACUGAUAUUGAAAAUUUCGAAAAUGAAGUUCAAACUUUCUCAGCUACUUGUUCAUCAUGUUUCAAACCUUGUGAAACUCAUAUGAAAACAGUUAAUAUUCCUCAUUUCAAAGAUGUCAUUAUCAUGUCUACUGUAUGUGAUUUCUGUGGUUAUAAAUCAAAUGAAGUUAAAACUGGUGGUGCUAUACCUCCAAUGGGAAAGAAAAUCUCAUUAAAAGUUACUGAUCCUGAAGAUUUAGCUAGAGAUAUCUUAAAGAGUGAAACUUGUGGAUUGAAUAUUCCUGAAUUGAAUUUAGAUUUAACCCCAGGUACUUUAGGUGGUAGAUUCACUACUAUUGAAGGUUUAUUAGCUCAAGUUGCUGAAGAAUUACAUUCAAGAGUAUUCACUCAAUCUUCUGAUUCAAUGGAUUCAGAAACAAAAGGUAGAUGGACUACAUUCUUUGCUAAAUUACAUGAUGCAAAAGAUGGUAAAAUUCCAUUCACCAUUUAUAUGAUUGAUCCUUUGGGUUCUUCAUAUAUUCAAAAUGUUUAUGCUCCAGAUAAUGAUCCAAAUAUGACUGUUGAAGAAUUUGAAAGAUCUUAUGAACAAAAUGAAGAAUUAGGUUUAAAUGAUAUGGAUGCUUAAACUCCUUUAUUCGUCAUUACAUUAAAACAUUACGUGCCUGUAUAAUAGAAGUAUAGAUAUAAAAUCGAUUUAAUAAAUAGAUAAACAUUAAU